AUUCGAAUUCAUCCAUCUUUAUAGUUCAUUGCUCUUCAUUGAAUAACCGGGGAUAAUUUUCGCCGAUUGGGGUAAAAAACGAGUCGUCCAUGUCUAGAUUAAUGACCCAGCACAAUUGUUAAAAACAGUGAUCGGUAUUUUUCGGAUUUUAAAGUCAUUUCCUGGGGAUUAUUGAUUGCUGCGAAAAAAGAGCCGUCGACGAGUUGCAUUUGGUCGUCCUGGUUCAAGCGAAUUUUCCAGAAUCAUAAUGUACAGUCGUGAUAAUCGGGACCAAGGAAGAAGCCGUCGAGGUGGCCGAGGUGGUCGUGGCAGUCGAGGUGGAGGAAACGAUGGAGGUCGUGGAAGUAGCAACGGACGAUUUAAUAGUCGAGGAGGUGGUGGCGGCGGCAUGGGUGGGAAUUCCAAUCGCGGUAAUUUUAAAUCUAAAAAUCCUGGGGGCACUCUAAGAAAAUUGAAUUGGGACUUGCGCUCGUUACAACCUCUGAGAAAAGACUUUUAUGUCGAGCAUCCUUCUAUUCGAAACAGGUCGAAAGAGGAAGUCUUCUCGUUUCGCGAAGAAGCUCAAGUUGUCGUGAAGGGGGACAAUGUACCCAACCCGAUUCAGCGUUUCGAGGAGGGUAAUUUUCCACCAUAUGUGAUGGAAGCCAUCCGAAGACAAGGUUUUGACAAACCAACACCUAUUCAAGCACAAGGCUGGCCGAUUGCUCUCAGUGGAAGAGACCUUGUCGCUAUUGCUCAGACUGGAUCUGGCAAGACACUUGGAGUUGAGAUGUCUGAAAAAAGCCUGGAAUUAUGCACCUACUUAGUUCUUGACGAAGCGGACCGAAUGUUGGACAUGGGAUUCGAGCCCCAGAUUCGCAAAAUCAUCGAGCAAAUACGACCCGACCGACAGGUUUUAAUGUGGUCAGCAACCUGGCCGAAGGAGGUGCGAGCCCUCGCCGAAGACUUCCUCACGGAUUACAUGCACCUGAAUAUCGGUUCUCUCACCCUCUCCGCCAAUCACAACAUUGUCCAGAUAGUCGAUGUCUGUCAGGAAUUUGAGAAAGACAACAAGUUGAUUCGACUUUUGCAAGAAAUCAGCACGGAGAAGGAGAACAAGACUAUUAUAUUUGUGGAGACGAAGCGAAAAGUGGACGAUAUAACGCGAACAAUCAGACGCGACGGAUGGCAAGCGCUCAGCAUUCAUGGUGACAAGACCCAGCAGGAGAGAGAUCAUGUCCUCCAGGAAUUUCGAAGCGGUCGCGCCUCCAUUCUCGUGGCCACCGAUGUCGCCGCAAGAGGAUUGGAUGUGGACGAUGUUAAAUAUGUGAUAAAUUUUGAUUAUCCGUCGUCAUCGGAGGACUACAUACAUCGCAUCGGUAGAACUGGACGCAGUCAUCAAACGGGAACGGCUUACGCAUUUUUUACAACCCAGAAUAUGAAACAUGCGGGUGAUCUGAUUGAAGUUUUGCGAGAGGCAGGACAGAGUAUUAAUCCACGACUUAACGAAAUGGCUGAAAUGGCGAAAUCGGGAAAUUUUGGUGGCAGAGGCGGUGGUAAGCGUUUCGGCGGAAAUUCCUCGGACAGACGUGGAGGAUACGAGGGACGAGGAGGAAGAGGCGGUGGAUCAAGAGGAGGCGGUGGAUCAAGAGGACGAGGAGGUAGCCGAGGUAGUAAUAAUUCCUAUCAAUCCGGCGGAUCCACAGGUUACUCGGGAUCGGAUUAUAAUAGUGGUGGCUACAAACCAGCCACUUCAAAUACAGGGUAUGGUGGCGGCGGUGGCGGCGGCGCCGGGGGCGGUUACAAUUCCCAAAAAAGUUACGGUCAGAGUAACGACAAUUACGGAAAUAAUUAUCAGUACAGAAAUAAUACAUCAUCCUACUGAAGAUAAUGAGCGAUUUUUUCACGUGAAUGAUUUUUCUUACACAAGGAAAUAAAAAGAAAAAAAAAGAAGGUGACUUUUUAGCACUCUAUUCAUUCAAUCUCGUCCUAUUAUAAUAGACUGUAAAUGCGCAACGGAUUUUUCUCAAGCAUAAUCGCGUAAUUAGCCGCCUUUUCUUAUUAUUAGCUUUACCAAAUUUUUAUAUCGAUUGCUGCAGUUUAAUCGAGAAGAGCCUUGUUUCGAAUGAUUUUCGAAAUCCGGAAUGGAGCCAAUUUUAAAUUGGUUUCAAUAAUUUAAGUGGUAUAUUUUCAACAAAAAAAAAAAAAUAAUAAUAAUAAAAAAAAAGGUUAGGUAGGUUAAUAUAUAGGAAUGCAAGUAAAGUUUUGAAAACUUUUCGUAGGACUUUUUUUACGCGUUGAUAACCAUCUUAUUUGUACGAUUGCGCUUGGAAAAUUUCUUUGUGAUCUCUGAAUUUGUUCGACGUGUAGUAAACUGCGACGUAGUGCUGCUGCACCAAAACUAAUUAUUUAUGAAAUUCCAGUAUUAUUAUUAAUAAUGCGUUAUAUGUGAAGCAUAUAUAGCAGUGUGAUUUCAUACCAAAUUCCCGUGCGCAUAUUAUAGUUAGCCUUCUCUGCACACCAAUGUUUGACAUUGAUUAUAUUUGUUAUUACGAUAUUAUUAGUAGUGUAUUUUUUUUUGUUUGUUUGUUUCGCGAAAUGUAUUGAAACGGUAGGCGAUCAAUCGAUCAAUGAUGCAUCGAUCGAGUGUGAUUUGAUUUAAAUGAACGCAUUUUGAAGCAACUUUAAACUUUAAUUGUUAGGAAUACUUUCUGUGAUCUACAUUAAGAAAUAAAGUUGACUUUCCAAAACGUUUAAA